AAGCUAACACUUGAUUCAGAAGAGACGUUAUUUAUUAAGGUUUGGAUUAGUUGUCAACAAAUGAGACGAGAUUAACAGUAAAUUACAAAACAAAGUAUUAAUUGGUUUGUAUUUUGAAGACAAAUGAUGACGACUGAGUCCAAUAUCCGGCAUAUUCUUCACGGGUUAGGUCGGGCCACAAAACGGGGUGUCCGCAAGUGUCCCGAAUGUCAUACGUUUAACGGCACCAGAGGUACCAAAUGCAAGAACAAGAUGUGCGAUCAUAUCUUCAAACGCGACAAUAAUAGUGUCCAACAAAAUGAUUUGAAUGAUAACACCAAAGACCAAAUCGGUGAGGACUGGAUGUCGACAAAGUUAGAGUCCAUCCGAUGCAUAACAACCAACAACUCAUCCAACAUAUACUCAGUUCGUGUCCGUAACAGAGGUCCCGAUUAUCGAGGUUUUGUUGAGGUGCCGAUUAUCAGAGGACUAGACGGCACAUCUGAUCCGUCACUAAACGCCCAGUUUAUUGCUGAGACUACCGCUCGAUGUUUUGUUGAAGUCUGUAGAUCUCAUAAAGUGGUUUUACCCAUUACAGGACACACAGACUCAUCAAUUACUACAACCGACCAAAAUUGUCACCACAAGACUUCUUCCAACACAUCAAAUAUAAGAUAUUCGUUGAUUGAGUCGUGUAUUCAUAUAAAACAUUCAGUAAAAUGUAUGACAGAAGCCAAGGUAUUGGCCUUAAAGAACUCUAUUCUCAAUCAACUUCUGAUUAGUGACCAAAUGCGACAACAAAUCGCUGAGUUAGCCUUUGAUACUCCCGGUCCUCUCGUACAAAGAGUCUCCAAGACAUCAAUGGUAGUUAAGUGUAAGCCUAACAAUAAGCAGCCGUUAGGUUAUCUUCACUGUUGGUUUGCCGAAACUUCGACAAACAAAUGCCGUCAAAGAAGUGUAUUUCAAAAUAACUUUUCCUGUGUUUGUAAAGCAUUUAAAGCUUAUAAAUGUGUAAAUCAAUUGUCCACCGAUUGUCACAGUAAUUCAAUUGUCAAUAACAAUGAAAUGACUAAUUUGUUGGUCAAAUCUAACGGAUUGUCUGCCGAAAGAAAGUGUAUCCACUAUUACGCCUGUAUUUGUGCCUUUGCUAGCGAUCCUAAAUCUAGUCUUGAAUUUAAAGAUUAUAUUAUUAAAGAGUUACCACACUUUGAAUGUCUACCUAUUGUAUUAAUAUCGCAGACAAAUAGUGAACAAACAAAUACCGAAAUGGUUUCAGAUUCUGGCGAUUGUUUGGCAGAAAAACGGAUCAAAUCCGAUGAAAAUGCUAACUCAGAUGUUAUUAAUACGAAAAAAUUGAUUGACAGCGGAAUUAUCACUGAAACUGAUGUCAGCAUUAAUUUUAUUGGUUGGUUGUCGAGUGUCACUGAAUUGAUCAAUCAGUCGAUGCACUACCAGUUGAAUGGAAAGCCAGAACCGCUUGUUUUUAUGAUACCACAGGGUUAUUUCGAUUGUCUUCAACAAAGGAUAGCUACAGGUCUUCGUAAAAAACGUUUACCAAAUGUCACGACUGUCUUCACGCGCAAAGACAAACCUCCUUUGGGAACGUUUACUAAAUACACAUUUGUAUUAACAAAUAUACAUCAUAUCAAACAAAUUUUUGAUACAUCAAAACAAACACUUUGUUUACAACAAAACUUUGUUCAGAACAGAGACGGUAGCUAUGAUUUUGAUCAUUCAUUCAAUGAUUGUCACGAUUUGGCUGACAUUUCAAUGGAUGGAUCAGCACUUGUUUUACCACAAAGUGAUACUCAAAUUAUUAAACGCAAUGAAUUGAAAACUUUUCUAAAAGUUGGUCUAAUGGGUGAUUCAGAUCCUAAAGAGUCGGCCAUACCUUUUGCUAUCGAAUGGAUUCCCGAUUGUCUACCGGUUUGUCAUUUCGGAGAAUUGAGAAUUGAAUUACAGUUCGGACACAUUAGGAAUGGGAAGAUUGAAAAUUGUUAA